AUGGAUGCGUGGUCAUACAAGAUUGAGAUAGUUAGAAAUGAUCCGGGGUCUGUGGCAGAAAUUGCUACUGCUUUCUUUUCAUCUUUCCUUGAGUCGGGGUCUAUCGGAAACAACCUUUCUACCUUCAAGGUAGGGGUUAUAAGGUCUACGAACACACUACCCUCCCCAGAACUCAGGAUAUCUGUGGAUAAUGGUGAUAAAAGUUGGAUGAAUCUCCUGAGAUGGACGGAUGAGUAUAUCAGUGGAGUGAAUGAUUUUCUUGAUAAGGCAUUUGAGCGAGCCGCUCAAGGAAAUGAAAUAUUAUGCCCUUGCAAAAAGUGCAUGAAUCGCUAUUGGUUUUAUAAAAAUGUGGUGGAGGAUCAUUUGGUUGUUCAUGGAUUUUUUGAUGGUUAUACCAAAUGGGUUUUCCACGGGGAAGGAUUUUCCUCGAGAAAUACACCUCAUCCAAGCAAUGAUGAUGAAGGUUCUACCAUGCGUGACGAUAUUGAUGGACUACUUCAUGUUACAUUUAGAAAUAUAGAGGGUCAGGCAAGGGAUGAAGAAGGAGUUGGGGAAAGACUAUCUGAAGAUGCAAAGAAGUUUUUCAAAUUGUUGGAGGAAGGAAAACAAGAGUUAUAUCUGGGGUGUGAAAAUUUCAGUAAACUGAGUUUCACUAUUCGAUUGUACUUGCUUAAAUCCUUGCAUGGGUUGAGCAAUGUGGCUUUCUCCGAUUUGUUAGAGUUGAUAAAAGAGGCAUUUUCCUUUGCUCAGGUACCAGAAUCUUUCAACAAGACUAGAAACAUGAUAACAGAUUUGGGUCUUCAUUACGAAAAAAUACAUGCAUGCCCUAAUGAUUGCAUGUUAUUUUGGAAAGAAAAUGCGAAUGCCGAGAAUUGCUCUAUUUGUGGGUCUUCAAGAUGGAAGGGUGGUGGUCCUUUGACUAAAGCAAGCUCUAAAAUCCCUGCAAAGGUUUUAAGAUACUUUCCUUUAAAGCCUAGGCUUCAGAGGAUAUUCAUGUGUCCUGAAACGGCUGCUGCAAUGAGAUGGCAUGCUAAUGAACGACCCAAUAAUGGGAACAUAAGACAUCCUGCUGAUGGGGAAGCUUGGAAGGCUUUUGAUUCUUUGCACCCAGACUUCUCUAGAGAUGCUAGGAAUGUUAGAUUGGGUCUUUCAAGUGAUGGUUUCAACCCGUUUCGGACGAUGAGCAUUUCUCAUAGCACGUGGCCUGUUAUGUUAAUGAACUAUAAUUUAUCACCAUGGAUUUGCAUGAAGCCGGAGUAUAUAAUGUUGUCUAUGAUCAUUCCAGGUCCAUCAUCUCCAGGAAAUGAUAUAGAUGUGUACCUACGACCAUUAAUUGAAGAAUUGAAAGAACUAUGGGAAAUUGGGAUAGACACAUUUGAUGCUGAAACCAACCAAACUUUCCGAAUGCAUGCUGCCUUAAUGUGGACAGUUAGUGACUUUCCAGCAUUAGCAAUGCUUUCAGGAUGGAGCACUAAGGGGAGAUUGGCAUGCCCCACUUGCAAUUAUGACACAUGUUCUCAAUAUCUCAAACAUAGUCAUAAGAUGUGUUACUUUGGCCAUUGA